AUGGCUUAUUCGAUGGGGGGCCUGCCCGGCUUCUUGGGCGUGCCCCCGGCGUCUUCGAUGUCCUUGAGAUCUCUGGAGACUUCGUCCCGCAGCUCGGGCGGGUCGGCCGCGCGUGGCGGUGACGGGUCACCGCCGGUGCCUGCGCCGCCGUUGCGAUGGGACGUCGCGCGUGCUCAGGGCCGCGACGCGACCCUGGGCCACCGCCUGAGUGCGGCGUCUGAUGACGCGUCGUACACGGCGUCGCCGCCUGCUCGCCGUGCGGCUGGUUUGAGCGCCGCUGCUCGAGCGACGCCUGCGGCGGCAGCUCUGUUGGGUGACCGUGGCCGCGGCGCUGCUGCCGCGCUCUCGGAGGCCCUGCAAUCAGCCCGCGCGGGUGUCGGCGCCGCUUCCGCAGCGGCGCUGCCUGCGGUCAGAAGCAGCGCGCCUGGGUCUGGCGACGUCAUGGCGAUGUUACAGGGGUUGGUUGACCGGCGCACAGCCCUGUGCAACGCGAUUGUAGAUGGGCGUGCUGGGGCUCGCAGCAGCGCCGUUUUGGCGGCGUCCUCCGCGGCCUCUGCGGCCGCUGGUGCCGCCCUGGCUGCUGCUGAAGCGGCGGCGGCGGUCGUUCAGGCUGCAGGCUUGGCCGAGCUCCUGGAGGAUGCGGCCGAGGAUGCCAGCGGAUUCGGUGGCGAAGCGCAGAUGACAGACCUUGACAGCCUGCUUGAGGCGCACCCUGCCUUGGCUACGCUGGUGGAUGCGCAGGAGGGCAUGGAGCACGUGCUGCGUGCUGCGGCGCCGCUGCCGGCUGCCGUUGGCGGGGUGCACGGUGGCGCCGGGGCCUUCUCGGCCUGCGCGCUGCUGCAGUCGCACAACGAGCUGCUGCUUGGGCGGGAUGAUGCCCGCCUCGUGCUCCAGCAGCUGCUGCAGUCGGCGGCGCCUAUGCGCGAGCGGGCGCUUCGGGAGGCGGCGCGCGCUGGGCCAGCGCCGCGGCCGCGCCCGGGUUCAUUGCUUCGCAGUCUUGCCGAGGCUGAUGUCGACCAGACGGUCGUGGACGCGCAGCUUGUGGGUGUGCAGCGCGCCACCAUAAGCCCGGCGGAACUCAAGGCGGCGCAGGUGUCUGACAGGCACUGGGCAGCCAAUGAGGUGAUCCUGGGCCAGGGCAGCCGUCCGACGCACAUGUUCAUCCUGAUUGAAGGGCGAGUUGCGGUGGCGAUGCGCGACACUACACUGUACUGCGGCGGCGGUGGUAGUGCAUGUGGCGCCAGCGCCCUGAAAGACAUGGCACUGCUGGAGCCAGGCGACACGUUUGGGGAGGUGGCUCUGAUGGGCGUGCCGCGCCAGCCGGCGUUCGUGGUGGUUCGCAGCGGCAGGGCGAGCACUCUGAUGAUUGAAGCCGCGAGGCUGGCGGAUCUGAUGCAGCAGCAGCAGCAGCAGCAGCAGCAGCAGCAGCAGCAGCAGCAGCAGCAGCAGCAGCAGCAGCAGCAGCAGCAGCAGAAGGGGGAGGCGGGGGUUGGGCGGGGUAGCGAGCAGCAGCACCCACGCAGCAAUUCGGCGCCUGCGGCCUUGCAGCAGUCCGGGCCUCUGAUCGUUAUGACCAAGCCCAAGCGUUCGUACGCUUCAAUCCCUGCCAGCGGUGCCGUUGCCAGCCCUUCGCGCUCCUUUGCAGCGAGCGCCGCUGAGCCGGCACCCGUGCGCGCCACGGAGACCACCGCCGAGCCGCGCCGUGCAGCCAAGCCCACCUCGAUUGACGUCGCCAGGUACGUCACCGAGAACUUCACUCCUUACUACGGCGAUGCAACGUUCUUGGCAGGCCCCACCGCCGCCACCCAGUCGCUGCAGACCAUGGUGGACGACCUGCAGCACCUUGAGCUGGAAAAGGGCGGCGUGCUGGACGUUGACCCCAGGACGCCCUCCACCAUCACAUCCUUUGGCCCCGGCUACAUCGACAAGGAGAAGGAGGUGAUUGUGGGCCUGCAGACCGACAAGCCCUUGAAGCGUGCCAUCAAGCCCCUGGGCGGCAUCAACAUGGUCAAGGCCGCCCUUGAGGCCUUCGGAUACAAGCUGCCCGCCGACGUCAAGGACACGUUUACCAAGGCGCGCAAGACCCACAACAGCGGCGUGUUUGACGUCUACACAGACGAGAUGAAGCGCGCCCGCAAGAGCGGCAUCCUCACGGGCCUGCCCGAUGGCUACGGCCGCGGCCGCAUUAUCGGAGACUACAGGCGUGUGGCGCUGUACGGCGUUGACGCCCUGGUUGAGGCCAAGAAGGCCGACCUCAAGAGCGUGCUGCUAGGGGUGAUGGACGACGAGAAGAUCCGGCUGAGGGAGGAGGUGCAGGAGCAGAUCAGGCGCGCAAAGGGUGCUGUGCGGGCGGCGCGGCGCGCCCCCGGCUUAACGGCGGCGCUGCAGGAGCUCAAGGAGAUGGCGGCCUCAUACGGCCACGACGUGGGCCAGCCCGCCAAGAACAGCCGUGAGGCCGUGCAGUGGGUGUACUACGGCUACCUGGGCGCCGUCAAGGAGCAGGACGGGGCCGCCAUGAGCAUGGGCCGCAUCGACGCGUUCCUUGACACCUACUUUGAGCGCGACCUGGCCGCGGGGGCUAUCACUGAGGCGCAGGCGCAGGAGAUGAUCGACCAGUUUGUCAUGAAGAUGAGGAUCGUCAGGCAGCUGCGCACCCCAGAGUACAACGAGCUGUUUGCGGGUGACCCCACCUGGGUGACGUGCGUCAUCGGCGGCCGCGACGACAAGGGCAAGUCCAUGGUGACCAAGACCAGCUACCGCAUGCUGCACACGCUCUACAACCUGGGCCCUGCGCCCGAGCCCAACCUGACGGUGCUCUGGAGCGACGAGCUGCCCGACCACUUCAAGCGCUUCUGCGCCAAGGUGUCCCUGGACACGAGCUCCAUCCAGUACGAGAGCGACGACCUCAUGACUCCCAUGUUCGGGUCCGACUACGGCAUCGCGUGCUGCGUGAGCGCCAUGCGCAUCGGCAAGGACAUGCAGUUCUUUGGGGCGCGCACCAACAUGCCCAAGAUGCUGCUCUACAUCAUGAACGGCGGCCGCGACGAGAUCACGGGGGACCAGUGA